GUGUGCCUUUGUGUGUGUGAUGUGUGGGUUUGGGUUUCUGAUUUCUGGUUGCUCUUUACUUUCAGAGAGUUGGCCCAGGAGGUUCACUCCCGCGGUGGGACCUUGAAGUCCAGGAUGAGCCCUUCUAACACUACGGCCGCGACGCCCCUCCUGACCAGUCUGUGGCAGGAGUCCAUUCAGCUGGGCGGCAACUCGUCCAGCCUGGCCCGCAGGGUGCCCGGCAGCAGUAACGGCGAGAUGGAGGCCCUCUACAUCCUCAUGGUGCUCGGCUUCUUUGGCUUCUUCACGCUGGGCAUCAUGCUGAGUUACAUCCGCUCCAAGAAGCUCGAGCACUCCCACGACCCCUUCAACGUGUACAUCGAGUCGGACACCUGGCAGGAGAAAGACAAGGCCUACCUGCAGGCCCGGGUUCUGGAGAGCUACAGGGCCUGCUACGUCAUUGAAAACCAGCUGGCCGUGGAGCGACCCAACGCGUACCUCCCCGAGACGAAGCAUUCAUCAUGACCCCACGACGGGUUAAAACUGGACAGAGGCUGCGGGAAAGUCGGAUGUUUCUAACCCUGUGCUCUCUUAUACUCUGUAUUGUCUGGACACAACUUUUUGCUGUUAUAAGGGGUGGAUUAGCAACACUAUUUCUCUAAAAUUCUUCUAUCAUAGGCUGUCAGCUGCUCCCUUGGAUCUGUCCCCUGAGAUUGUGGCCUCUGAGGAUAAGAGCUGUGUUUCCCAGACUCCCUUGCAGCUAGCAAGGUCACGUGUUAAAGUUCUGGCCGGUGGGAGUGACGAGGGCAGUUUCUGAGCGAUUCUUAAAAAGGAAGGGACGUGUCCUCGGCUUCCCUCUCCCGCUUCCCAGUGGCUGGGACGUGGGUGGGGUGGUGAGCUAGCUUUCACUCCGGAAAUGGGCAGGUGGCAGAGUCUGGGUCCCUCAGCAAUGCCACGGGGCAGGGUCCCUCGACCUUUCUGGACACUCUCCAGCUCAGACUUUAUAGGAAGGAGACUAACUAACUACAAUCUUCCUGAAGCCACUGUUAUUUUGGUUUAUGUUACAGCAGCAGAAUCAAUAUUCUAACUAACAAACCUACCUUGUGGGACUAAGAUGCAGAAGAGAAAACUCCCGCUUCAGAAUGUAUACAGAGGAAGGUGCUCCGUUAUCACGGCAGGAGGGCAAGCACCUCCACUACCCCACGAGCCCGGGGGGGGCAUGGGCAAGCGGCAACACACGGCACCGAGGUGGCAGGGCCUCUUGAGCUUAUGUGCCCACUGUGGGUGAAUCAUGUCCUCCCAGAUUUGUUCAAGGCCCUGGUACCUGCACAUUUGUCCUUAUUUGGAAACAGGGUCUUUGCAGAUGUCAUCCAGGUAAGAUGGGGUCACUGGGGUAGGCCCUAAUCCAGUAUGACUGACGUCCUUCGAAGAAGAGGGAGAGUUGGACACGGAUACUUGUGGAGAACCCUACGUGGCCACAGAGGUGGAGAGCGGAGUGACGCAGCCACAAGCCAAGGAAGGCAGGGUGAGGGCCACGGCCAGCGGCUGGCAGAGGCGAGGAGGGGGUCUCCCCUGCAGGCCACAGAGGACGCAGGACCCGUGACACCUUGACUUCAACUUCUGGCCUCCAGAACUGGGAGACGAGUUUCUAUGGUUUUAGGCCACAUCAGUUGGGCUCCUCUCUUACGGCAGCCACGGGAAACUCGCACGGCGUCUCUAACC